UACGCGACUAACUGCUCCAACGGUACAGCGGUAAAUUAUGAGAACGCUGUCUACCCAAUUUCGUUCCAUCAAACGCCCUAAUCCAAACCCUAAAUUAUGCAAAUCGUCCUCUCCGACAAAAUCAGAACUAAAAUUCAAUGCCAAACCAAAAUCAGAGUCAGAGUCAUGGUGCGUUUAUCUCAUCCUCUCCACCAACCAUCCAAUCAAAACCUAUGUUGGGAUCACAAACAAUUUCCCUCGCCGUUUGAAGCAGCACAAUGGGGAACUUAACGGUGGUGCAAAGGCAUCCCGUGCUGGAAGGCCUUGGAUCUGUGCAUGCAUCAUUUGCGGUUUUGCAGACCGAAGUGAAGCUAGUAUAUUUGAAUCAAAAUGGAAAGCUAUCUCAAGGAAAGCUCCCCGCAAAAAUCAAAGUGAACAUCUCUCUGAACAAAGUGAAGAUCCAUCAUUACCUCUGCUGCAACACAGACAAGCAGCUUUGAAAAAAGUGAAAGGUUCACUCGACUGCACUCACUUAGAAUUCGUUUGGCAUUUGGAUCCAUUGUGAUUCAACUGCCAAUGUAUGUUAUGUAUGUGUUUUAAUCAAUUGCACUAAGUUUAUAAUAUAGGUCAGAUAUUUAAGAAAAUUUUCAACUGCUGCAAUUUAAAAUUUAUUAAAAAUUAUAAAAUCGAAUGAGUGGAGUUUAAAUAAAAAAGUAAAGUCCACAAAUUUUUAUGAUUUUUAAUAAAUUUAAGUAAUAGUAAAGAAUAUUUCAGAAGGUGUGUUGCUAACAUUUUUCUAGUAGCAAACUGUAUCAUAGACAUUGAUUGGCUCUUUUGCAGCAAGAUCACUGUACAGCAUGAGUGACGAAAGGUCAAUAUAAAAGCAGCCAUUUGUAAGCAUGAAAUGAUAUAAUACUUUAUUCUAUCAAAAUAUUGUAAUAUUUUUCCUGCGGAGGAUCAUGAGGGAAAUUAUUGUAGCAUGAGCAUUUGGUUCUUAUGAUCUUUGUACAGGAAAAUGUGUC